GGCUAUUAUCUGAAAUAAUCACUGGCUCGUAACAAUGGAAACAAAACAAUGCCAAUAAAUGGCGGUAUUGUGUCAUUCAGCCGAGUGGCUCCAGAAAUCUCUUGAUCAAAGCAUUUAACCCUGAAGUGAUGGAAAGGCAUAAGGAAAGAUGGGAAGAAGUUUUCAAACUCCGGUGUAACGGCUGUAUUGUUGGCAAAAUGUUCUUUCAAUGAAAGGCGGAUUUUCUUUAAAUUUUCGUUUUGAUUAGUUUUGAUAUUAGCUGAGUCAUUAAGGAAGAAGUGGUUAUUUAAAUUACAAGUGAGGUUUGUUUUGGCUACGUAUAUUGGAACUUUAUUUAGCUUCUAAAGAUGUGGCUUUUACGUUGUUCUUGUGGUAUAUUACUGGAUGUGGUUUGGCAGAUAUUUUAAAGAACUUUCGUGAUGUUUGCCUACCAUUCUUUAGAAGAUUCAGAAAUAGUGAGCUGCUCAUUUUGACGGCAAACGUGUCUGUGAAGACUUGAAGAAUAGACUUAUCGUCGAUUCUGUGCGGCCACGUCGAGCAAAUACUUCGCGUAACUCUCUCAAGGUUGGUCUUUUGAACAAUUGGCCAAACAUUUCAACACAAAGGUUUUUCCUUUGGUAAUUGUGGCUUUUCAGCUGUGAAACUCCGUUUUCUUCUAUUGCAUUUCAAGAUUUAGACACGGAAAAAGCGCAAACCCCCUACUGGUACGAGCGUCGUGUGUGAUUAUCAAGCCUUGAAGUUUGCAAUGUCAGGAAAUUUUACAAACCAGUGUUGUGACGAACCCGUGGAGGAAGAAUUCUACUUGGUGACUUCCACAUGGCCUACAAGCGUUGUGAUUUUAACAACAGUUUUCAUGAUUAUAGUUAACGUGGUGACACUGGUAGGAAACGCUUUUGUGAUUGUGGCACUGACAAAGAUAGACGCACUGAAAUAUAUGGCAAACAAUCAAGUUGUUAUUUCGUUAGCGGUCGCUGAUCUGUUAGUGGGUUUACUUGUAAUGCCGUGUGCAAUUGACGCUCUGUUGGCGGGAAAAUGGCGCUGUGGGAAUCUGUGGGGUAAACUGAAUGCCGUUGGGAACUUCGCCUUCUGUAUUUCGUCUAUCAUGCAUCUAGCGUUGUUGUCUGUUGAUCGCUACAUCGCAAUUUCUCGUCCGCUAGUUUAUUUAUCUGUUGUCACUAAAGCAAGAGCUCGAAGUGCGUGUUUAUUGCUAUGGAUAUAUUCGACACUGUGGGCCCUGCCACCAUUAUUCGGCGUAAGUUCUUACGAAUGCUUUAUUCCCUAUAUCGGAAAAUGUCUCCCAGAAGAUUGGCUACAAACUAAAGUUGCCAUUGCUUUCACCGUUUCGGUGGUUUGCGGAACAUAUGGGGCAGCGGUUAUAGUAAUGUGCUACGUUUACUUCAAGAUUUUCAUCGCCAUUUUUAAACAGUUGAAAAGAAUUUCUGUUACGGUAGAACAAGUUCGAAGGAAUAGCUUGGCAGCGAGGAGGAACGCUUCCACAAGGAAGGGUGUUACAACUGUACUCAUUGUUAUUGGAACUUACGUAGUGUGUUGGUCGCCAUUUUGUAUUCUUCUGUUUGUGCAAAUGGCCUGUGGAAAAACCGCAGGGGGGCCGACUGCAGAUAUAAUAACGAUGUUCAUUGGCUUUGCAAACAGUGCGUGUAAUCCAAUCAUAUAUUGCAUUAGAUACAGAGCGUUUCGAGAAACUGUGAAGCGCAUAUUUGUAAGGAAGAAUGACUGCUUCAAAUAUUUCUUCAAGGCCGAAAGGGAGCAAACACAAAUAAGCACACGAUCGAUAACUUUGUGAUGUUACUGUUUAUAAAAUAACUGAGCUACUACGCGCGCUCUCAUUGAUCGAUAGGUGUGUUCACAUGAGCCUGGACAAUGUUAACACGGUUGUGACGGUUUAGAUUCGCACUAAUUUUUGAGAAAUAUUUUUUAAAGCAGCAGAGUGCGGUUAAUUAUUUUCUCUAUGAUAUCCUUUGCAGAGCUUCAGAGUAUAGAUAUAAAGAGUACAUAAAAUAUAGAUAAAGAUUACAUAAUAUAUACUAUUGGGUUAUCGCUAGGAAUUCAGUGUUUCUACGCAAUGCUAACAAAUCGCGAUUGAUAGCAGGAACCACACUUCAAUGUGCUAUAAAAGUAUUAUUUUUAUUGAAAUAAAACAGUUACAAAGAAACGUCUAAUAUAAACAUUGCUUAUAGUUGAAAACAACGUUACACUUUAUACAAUCGCCCUUUAGAGCGAUUUUCGAUUGACUAAAUGUGCUUUUGCAGUUUUUGUUGCUGUUGUUGUUACUGUUUAAAACCGCUAGCUCUCAGUGCGCCAAAACUUAUUAUGAAAACCCUUUCUACUUUUCGAUGGUUUUUGAUGGUGACACGUUUUAGCUAUGAUCAGGUUUCACGUUUGUUGUAAUGGAUUACCCACAGUUGUUUAAAGGGUUGAUAAUGUUAUCCACCGGAUCGGUAAAUAACCAUCCACUGGAUAAGUGUUGACAAAGCAAACCGUAAUGGAGAAUGAUUUAUCCGGUGUACAGCGUUGUUCACCCUUUGAAAAACUGGGCUAGAUUUGAUCACGUUUCUUAGUUGAACGGUUGUCUUCUGAAAAUCGCUCUAAGGACACUUCUGAUUGUGAUUGUUACAAUUACGGUGAUCUACAUUACCAAAGUUUGAUACAAACUCGUACUUGUGUUCUUGAGAUAAACGCACUACAGUGCUGUUUUGUAAUAAAAUAUCUUCUUUCACAA